CCGCGCUCCGAUUCCGGUUCCAAUUAUGUGCCCCCGUUGCUCGAUUCGCGCCCGUCUGGUUAGAGAUUUCACGCCCGCGCUUUAGUUGGAAUUUGGGGUGGGGGGAAGGGUGCUAAGGUUAAUUGUCUCUAGAGACUUGGGCUCCGUCCAGAUCGGGGCGGCUGGCCUCGUGGGUCUCCGCGCAGUAGAAUUGCUGGCGACAUAUGGCCAUCGCUAGCUCCUGCCUCGUCGCAGGCUGGGGUGGUCGUGUAUCGCCAACUCCAUAUAGUUGUUUGGCAUCUGUUUCAGGCUUGAAUGGGGGCAGUACAACCCACCCUGCCCCGCUAAUCGCUUGGAAAUGGAUGCAGCGUCUGCUAUUCUGUGCGAGGUUGCCAGGGUUAGGUCGAUUUCUGUAUGUACAAUUGACAAGCAAAGGCGCUAGUACUUGUUUACUGCAACAACACAAUUAAUUAACCAACACACAUGCAUACUUGGCUUGAGAAAAUACGGAUGCGUGUGGAAACCUGCGGAAGACAAACUAAAUGUAGCCAUUAGCUAUGUUGCUAGGUGCCAAACAGAAGAAAUGACUAUUUUAGAUGUUUGGAGCUGGGGUAUCUUACUUAGCACCAUGUGUAAUUAUUUUACAGCACUGACUUAAUCAUGUUUGCUGCUGCUACGACAUAUGGAGAAUAAUUUAGGCACCAUAAGCAAAUGGACGUAAUAAAAGGUCCAGAACAAUAUGACCCCACAAUUAAGAAUAGUAUGCAAGAACUUAAACAGUUGUAUGCUCCCAAUUAAGCAUAGAUGCAAUAAUAGUUCAAUAAUAAUCAAAUAUGCUUGCACUCAUAAACAGAACGAUUUGUUUAUAAAGAUGUAAGUACAUAUAGGCUGAUUAUAAUUUGUACAUCACAUCAUCUAAAAGAAUAAAAAUGCAGAAGGGGAAGGAGAGAGAAAUUGGCACUCAUCACUUCGCCGUGUAUUGUAUCUUAUUUAAUUUUUUCGUCAUGGCAAAAAAAAACCAAACUGAUGUUAUAGUUUCUGAAUUCACAAUGGAUACAUGGCAGCUGCUACAUGCAAAUAAGUGAAAGAUGUGCACUUCAGAAGAAAAUAAACUGAUGUUAUAGUUUCUGAAUUCAUAAUGGAUGUCCUGUGUCUUGCACUUUAGAAAUAGGUAAUUAGAAAUGAUUAGAUUUACAGCCAAGUCUAUAGGGAUUUCACAUUUGGUGAUCCAUUAAGUGAGCUUUUGACGCCAUCGUGCAGCACGCGUGCUUUUGGUCGAUUUUAACCAAUUGCAUUUUGUUACAUUGAACUUACGAGAAGUACAAGGACCAGGGGAUGAUCUAUCUGCAUAUGAUCAGUCCUUGAUUUUGAGUUAUGAUAUGUUAUGCUAACAAUUUUAUGGGACUACAUGUUUUGAGAUCUUUGCUUUCCCAUGCAACCAGUUUCGUGGGCAGGAACUUGGCAUUGAUAAGGAAAUUGUUCAGAUUGCUUGCAUGUCGAGUAUCUGAUUUCUGACAAGGUAAAUGUGUGCCUGAUACUUCCUCCUUUUUUGGUGUCUCUGUUUCAAGCUGAAAGAAAUGAUUGCUCACUAUGAUUGCUUCCAUAACAGUUACUAUAUUUAACUGAGGAAAACCGAUCCAGCAUGUCUUAUCUAUUCAUUGCUACUUUGUAUGUGCCUUAUGAUAUGUCCUCGUAUAUGUCUGUACUGAAAUAUGAGUGUCUUGGUCCUUCUUAUAUUAUUUUUUAUGAUCUCAGUCAGCCUCUUUCGCACCCAUUGUGUCGAGGACCAAUGCAAGUAUGUUGAUUUUGUUGUCAUUUGAUUUGUGAGUAAAUAGAAGUUAACCUGAUUAUGUGGUUGCAUGAUUUGCCUAAUUCUGUGUUUCUUUUGGGCUUCAUGUUUUUUUAUGCACUUGUCAAAUCUAUAUGCGUUCUGAUAUAACUAUUCUCUACACUUUUCACUACUAGGAAAUAGCUUAUAGCUUCAAUUGUGCAUUACGGCUUAAAUAAGAAUCUCUGGAAAAAAAUGUUGCACAUUGGCAUCUACAUGUACCGCAUUGUUUUUUUGUGCCAUUCUUCUGAAGAAUAUGAAGUUUCUGAACCUUUGUUUGUAAUGCUGCAGGGUUCUGGUAGCGACGAUGACGGUCGUCGAGAGGUUCUUGGACUGGACGGUGUCGUGGCUGCCGAUGUAUAGAAAAGCGAAGCUGCUGCUCAUUCUCUACCUCUGUCACCCCAGCACACAGAGUGUGGGGAGCGGGGCACGUGUACGAUGGCUUCCUUCGUCCGCUGGUGGCGAGGCACAAGGACGACAUCGACUGGUCCAGUUGGAGCUGAGGGCCAGAGCGAGGGACGUGACUGCGUCGCAACUCAAGGCGGCGGCUGCCGUUAGUCAGGUGUGGCUCUUCGAGGCUAUCCAAUGUGUUUCGUCGCAGCUGUAGGCCGCGAGAUCAGGCCAGGAAGGCGCCGCACAUUGACGAGUGGUCCAAUUUUUGGAUCGGGCCAUAACAACUUACGUAGGUAGUUGCUUAUGUAACAGUGCGAUAGAAUGGAAUUAUACAUGAGUUGCUGCUACAA